CGCCGCCUAUUAAGCUCAUCAUCGUCCUGUCGCCUGCACUUUUCCUUUUACUCGCAUCUCCACAGCCUCUGAUCCAUUCCCCCCCCCUUCUCUCUCUCUCUCUCUGCUUUCUCUCAAUCUCCUGAGAGAAAGCGGAAUCGCUCACGCCUUCGACUCUUCACUCCGAUUCAUCAUCACCCAUCAUCGGAUUCUUCACAAAGCCCUAUUUUUCUGAUACCCAAACCGUAGAUUUUCCCGUCUUCCUCUUCUUCGCCCCCGUUCCUUCCCCUGAUCUUGACUUGGGGUCUCGAUUCGCCCGCACGCCCUCUUGUUGCUCGAUUCGUUCCUAAAAAAUGGCGUUGAUUUCUGCUCAGUAGAGUUCCUCUUGCACUUCGGUUUAGUCAACGAGAGAACUCUGUAUCAAGUCCUCCUCUGGUUUCUACAACUAGCAGUUAUGGCGAUCCGUGUUACGUUCAGCUACUCCGGCUACAUGGCCCAGAGCAUCGCGUCCUCCGCCGGAGGACGCCUCAAUGGUUGCCGGCUCUUCCAGGAGUGCUGGGUCCGGUCCCGCGUCCUCUGCCCGAGCCGGAAGCCCGACCCCGAAUUCAGACCCCCGACGCCGGGGUUCGGCUUCUCGAAUCGUUGCGCGGGCGGCUCGUACUCGACGCUCGCGGCCGAGGUUCUUGGGGCCGAGUGCAAGAGUCCGAUUGUGGUCGGCUUGAUCUCGUUGAUGAGGUCCGUGUCUGCGAAUUCGUGUUCAACCAAUUCGAUGGGCAUCUUUGGGAUCUCGCCGAUCAAGGCAUCCUCCAUAAUCCCCUUCUUGGAGGGGUCCAAGUGGCUGCCUUGCAACAACGAGGCCUUGCCGGGCUCGGCAAGUAACGAUGUGGAUAAGGGAGGGACGGUGCGUUGGGAGAGGGAGAACAGUGAUGGCGAUGAAGAGUGCAUGAAGAUGGCGGAGGUUCCCAAGGGCUCGGCCGCAAGAAGCGGGUGGAUGGCACGGUUGCUCGGGGAUUACUCCGAGGAUGCUAAGGCGGCUUUCACGGCGUUGACCGUGAGUUUGCUGUUCAGGUCGUUCUUGGCCGAGCCAAGGUCGAUUCCUUCGAGCUCCAUGAAACCAACUCUGGAUGUAGGUGACCGCGUUUUGGCUGAGAAGGUGUCAUACUUUUUCAGAAGGCCAGAGGUUUCGGAUAUAGUAAUAUUCAAGGCACCACCAAUAUUGCAGCAAGUUGGCUUCAGUUCAGCUGAUGUAUUCAUAAAGAGAAUUGUGGCGAAGGCUGGGGACUGUGUCGAAGUUCACGAUGGUAAACUAUUGGUGAACGGCACUGCUCAAGAUGAAGAUUUCAUCUUAGAGCCACUCUCUUACGAUAUGGAACCAAUGCUUAUUCCCGAAGGAUAUGUAUUUGUAAUGGGAGACAACAGGAACAACAGUUUUGACUCCCAUAAUUGGGGUCCUCUUCCUGUCGAGAACAUUGUUGGCAGAUCAGUGUUCCGGUAUUGGCCUCCCUCCAGGGUCUCGGACACUAGAUAUGAUCCUCAAUCUGCAAAAAAAGAUGUUGCUGUUUCUUGACAUAGCCUCAGGCUCGCUCAAAGGGAACUAGCUUUUGAUUCCUGAUCUAAUUUAGGUGGUGAUUUUCACAAUUAUUCUCCACUCCUUCUGGCUCAUUCUUGGGCAUUUGUGAACAUAUUCGAGUCUUCCUUUGACCUUGCACAGGCAGCUCACUUUUGCCUGUUUUUGAUGGAUUGUCUCAUCCAUCUUGUGAAUAGUGAGAGGGGUAAAAAGAACAGAAAAAAGAUCCAAAAAAAAUAGAGAAAAACCAAAAAUCCAAAAAAAGGGGAAAAAGAAAAAGAAAGAGGCCGACUGAUCCAAUAGUUUGUUCAUUGGUUUACUUAGCCAGUGUUGCAAUUUUUUCCUACCUGUAAUGACAUUUUGUUAUAUUUAUAAGAGGAGUGGGGAGAAUCUAAGAUUUGUGCUGUAA